CUUUGGGAGGCAACGUCUCCAGUGUACAACAGCAGAAAGUCCCAUGCCUUGGAAAACAAAAAUAUGGCGGGAUUGAAGGAUUUUACUUCUUCGCAAAUAAUAGCAGGACGGCGAUGAGUUUUGGAUUAGUUUUAAAAGCUGUAAGGUUUUUGCGCGAACAGUGUUUGGUCCUGCUGGAGUUAUUGGUAUGAAAUAAAUAUGCCCUUUCAUCAGAGGAGCGUUGAGCCGCGGCGUGUUAGCAGGUUGUCGGCGUGUGAUGGCUGGAUACCGAGGGAAGAAAACGGGAAACGCAAACUGCGAAAACCUGUUUUGUUCUCUUCAUUGGAUGAGGUUGGCUGUCAUACACUUACUAACAUUAUUUACCAACUUUCCGACCUUUCGCGACAUGCCAGCGACAUCUUCCUGGGCAUCGAGAUGGAGGCAGGCAUGGUGUUCAGAAGAUCCUGCAGGAUUCAGGGGAGACUGCAAAGGCUGCAGGGAGAAGUCUCCAAGUUUGACCCCAAGAAAAUCACAAUCCCUGUGUCUAACCUGGAUGAGGAGAGCAAGUGGACGGUGCAUUACACAGCUCCGUGGCACCAGCAGGAGAACGUAUUCCUGCCAGGCAGCCGGCCGCCCUGCGUAGAAGACCUCCACCGCCAGGCCAAAGUCAACCUGAAGAGCGCCCUGCGAGAAUGCGACAAGUUGAGGAAAGAUGGAUUCAGGAGCUCUCAGUACUACUCUCAGGGUCCCACCUUCUCUGACCCCCUACAGUCCACCAGUAGCCUGCAGGAUGAACAGGAGGAUGACACUGAUAAGAAGUCCACAGCAUCAUCAGCGGAGGACGACAAAUCUCAGCUGUCCAUGAGGCCCCAGACCCCCCAGGGAGGGGUUGAGGGAGGGGAGUGUUACGAGGUUGACGGAAAAAUCGUAUGGAACAAGGGCGCACCCCUCCCCACCCCGGAGGAGAAGAUGAGGCUAGUGGCUCAGGCCGUAGCCACAGACAUAGUCGCUAUCAACGUCACAGGGGCAGUGUUUGACCGACAGGCCAACGUCCGGCGCUCCCUCAUUAACUCAGACACCAUGUGCCGCCGGCCCAAGAAGGUCAAGCGCAGAAAGACUAUAUCAGGGCUGCCUGACAACUUCAACCAUGAGCUAGCAAAAGGAGAUCUCCGACCGCAUUCCAUGUUCAUCCCGGGACAGUACUCCACCUUGGGCCGAGUUGGGAGUGUCAACUCCACGCUCCGGCGUUCAGACACCAGAGACUCCGGCUGCCAAACGGAAGAAGUGAAAGUUGUGCCCCCGUCCAUGAGGAGGAUCCGGGCUCAGAGAGGACAGGGCAUUGCGGCUCAAAUGGCCGGCAUUUCUGCUUCCUCCUCAACAGGAAGUAUAUCAAUCUCCAGCAGUGACAGCUCGGGGGUCGUGAUGCUGCCGCAGUACAACAGAGAUCUUUCCCGCUUCCACAGUCUCCCUCGACCGGGGGCCAGAGUGUCUCUCAGUGCUGACCCCAUCUAUAGCAGCACCCCCAUCAAGUCAGAAGAGCACACUGCGCCUCAGAGGCAGAUUGGGAGGCUGCAGGUUGACGACACAGUGGUGCACAUGAGAAACGCCCCAAGGACAGGCACCCUGCCCCGGCCCAAGUCUCAGGAGCUGAGGGGGGCAAAGGGCAGUGAUUGGGGGGGUGGCCCGGCAUCUUUGGUGUCCCCACAUGCUGCCUAUUCCACCUCACUCAUCCCCAACGCCACCCUAUCCAGCUCCUCUGAGGUCAUUAUGCUCAACACCUCCCCGACCUCAGCUUACCCCACGGCUCGACCGCUCAGCCUGGCUUCCUCCACCAACACAGACCCCAUGAGCCCCAGCCCAAAAUCCUUUACCCACAGCUCCACCUGCCCAGCCUUGGCCACUUCGACCCCCACUCACCCACCACGGGAUGGCGGUCUGGUGGUCGCAGCCCCUGCUAGCGAGUCGGGGCAUUCUGACAGCAGUAUACAUAGCCACAGCACCUUGGCCCCCACGCCGCCCUCCGGCCUGCCAGAGGAACAAUGGAUCUACGACACGCCAGAGAACAUGGUGAUUCCACACCGCACCUUGACCUCCAGCUGCUCCACCCCCAUAAACCAGCUGUACAGCAGCCUGGACCACUCCUCUAGGACCACCACUGACUCCAGCUCCCUCUAUUCCCAAGACAAUGACGGGUACUACACCUCCAUGCACAUGGACUCAGGCCUGCGCUCUCGGAGCCAUGGCAGCGGGCACGGCGCGGCGCCCACACGGGCCGCCAGGCACAGCAUGUACGAGUGCCGUGAAAUGGCCAAUCAGGAAGACUCUGGAAGCUUGUACAGCGACCGCUCGCUGUCACGAAGCAUCUCACUCCGCAAGUCCAAGAAGCCCCCGCUGCCUCCGGCUCGCACGGACUCUCUUAGGCGCAAAAGCUCUGGGAAGAAGCCCCUCGGAGGCGUCAGCGCCCUCAGCGGCGCUAAGGAGCCGAACGCAACCAUGCUCAAUGAGACCCUGAUCGCCAGCCUGCAGCAGAGCCUGCAGAUGGGGCUGAGGGGAGGGAAGGGAAUAGGGGCUUCACCUUCCUCGCCCUCGCACAGCCCAUGCAGCGACUACGAUGACCCUUGGGUGCUGCGGCCGCGCAGUCAGAGCAGCACCAGCGCCUGCAGCUCUGCAGCAUCGCUCGUAGCUAACGCCAACUGCGGCGGCGUGUCCAACGUGUAUUCGCUCUGCCACGUGACGCCUGCUCAGAGUGACACCAGUAGCUUGCGCUCAGACUAUGCCGAUUCCUGGGGCUACUACAUGGACUACCCGCGUAACCAAGGAGACCAGAGGGCACACUCGCCCCAGGCUCAUGGCACAAACAACAUGUUGGCCGAGGCUCCCCCCGGAGAGCUACACGAUGGAGGGGAGGUCCUGAACAGCAGCCGGGCGCCCGGAGCUCCAGGCCAGGAGGGCGACAUCGCAGUGAAGCCCAAGGCGUCCACGUCCUCGCCGGACCGGGUGCACCGGCUGACCUCGCCCUCUAGCGGCUACUCAAGCCAGUCCAACACCCCCACAGCUGGGACCCCCGUGCCCUCGUUCGCCAGGUCAAUGUCUCCAUCGGGGAGCCGGCCCAGGCCCAGGGUGCCCGAGAGGAAGUCCUCCCUCCUCUCAUCUGUGUCCAUCUCCUCUUCUUCCACCUCCCUUUCCUCCAACACCUCGGACUCAAUCAAAAGCUGCGGACCUCCUCCCCCACCACCUCCACCCUUGCUCCUGCUUUCCUCCUCAGCUCCCACCACCCCUCUCAGCCCACCUCCAUCCUUUCCUCCCCCUCUACCGCCAUGCUCCAGUGCAGGCCCUCCUCCUCCAGCUCCCCCAUUUCCAACCACUCCCCAGGGUCAAACUCUGAGCCCACCCCCUGCUUGCUCCAUCUCCCCUGAAUUCCCUCCUCCUCCAUCCCCUGAUACACUAAUCCCCUCCAGUUCAUCCUUCAAUGGGAGCUUCAGUCCUCCCCCUCCACCUCCCCCUCCUAUCCCCUCUAUGGGGCCCCCUCCACCUCCUCCUCUGCCUGCUUUUGUCCCAUCCUUCUCUUCCCCAGCUUUUUCUAAAGCAGUGAAGGAUGCUCCUAGACCAGCUCCCUCCAGCAGCCCCACCAAGUCUCCUAAUCCCCUGAUCACCCCGUUUGCACUGCAGAGCGUUCAGCUCCGCUCCGUCAGGCGGCCAGAGAAGGAGCUUAACGGCACGCCGGGCCACGCCAACGCUCAGGGAACAGGGGUGGACCUCCUUCAGGGCCUCAAGCCCCUGCAGAAGUCUCUCUCUCUGGAGCAUCCCACCGUGGUGCACCUUUCCAACGGCUCCCCAGAAGAAGAUUCCCGUAACUCCUCACCGUCCCCCGUCUCAAAGCUCUUAGAAGACUUGUGUUUGGACUUCAGCAUCACAGAGGACUCGACAGAUAGUACUGUCAUAAACGGAAAAUCUGUGGAUCAGAGUUACUUUGUCAGAAGAGAAAAAGCAGAAGAUGUAUUGCCAAGCCCCCCACAGAGCUCUGAAAGCUCCCCUGUCAAACAGAAGCCCCCACUGAUCUCCAAGAAACCCAAAAUAUCUUUUCUCCAACAAUUCACCCCCCAACCGAUCAUCGAACAGACUCAGCAUGAGGAUCCAACCGGCCCCUUACAGACAGAAGACACAGUGGAUGCGCCGCAAAGACAGACAAAAGAAGAGAAGAAAAGUGAGCAAGAGGAGGAAGAGGGAAGCGUUCAAGCUCAGAGCCGUGAAACAUCUCCCAUAAUAACCCAGGAGGACCACACACCUGCUGCUCUCGGACAAUCAAGUCCCGACCAUGCAGUGUAUACCAAUGGAGAGGCUCAUGAAGAGAGGAGGGAGGAGGAGGAGGAGGAGGAAGAGGGGGAUGGAACAAGUAGCACGACUGGAUCCGUCAGCUCCAAGGAGGACGACACUGGUGAGGUGUUCUACUCCGGCACGGCUGAAUCAUCUCCGGCCCCGCCGUCCAACGGGGCCUCUGAGGAGAAAAUGGUGACCCCGACUCCCUCGCGUCCCCGGACCACGGAGGAUCUUUUUGCCGCCAUUCACAGGUCCAAGCGCAAGGUCCUGGGCCGCAAGGAGUCCGAGGAGGACAAGUCCCGGUCUGGGAGCCAACCCCAGUCUCCACCUGGCACCCCUACAGGGGGCUCCCCAGUGAUGGGGUCCCCAGGGAUGGUGUCCCCAAGUGUGGUGUCCCCAAGUGUGGUGUCCCCAGGGGCGAUGUCCCCAGGGGCGAUGUCCCCGGGGACGACGUCUUCCUUGCCCCGUCAGACAGGCUCCAUCCAGCGCAACCUCCGCAAGUCCUCCACCAGCAGCGACACCUUCAAGGCCCUCCUCCUGAAGAAGGGCAGCCGCUCAGAGACCAGCUUCAGGAUGUCGGCCACCGAGAUGCUUCGUUCCACCGGCCCUCGCUCAGCCCAGCGAACGCACUCCGAGUCAGCGCUGGACUCUCCCUCUGCAUAUUCCUCCUCACUGGGGUCCCCGAACAGCCCCUGCUCCUCCCCAGGCCGCGGGAAGAGGGCAACAGACGAGUGGAGCCGCUACGAUGCCUUUUCCCUGUCCUCGCCGACGCCAUCAAGCUAUUCAAUGAGCGGCUUCAAGUACGGACGCUCCCGCACGCCGCCCUCUUCUGCCAGCAGCAAGUACAAUGCCCGCAACCGAAUCCUCAGCAGCCCAAUGACAGUCAUCUGUGAGCGGGAGGGGGAGCUGGCUGAAAGCGAGUACGGGGACACGGCAGACAGUCUGUCCGGACCCCCGGCUCAGACCCUCGCUGCACUCAAUAACUCCAACGGCACUUUAUCCGGAGAGAGCAGAAGUUAGGGAGUAGGGAGCGCCCCUGAGAGACAGGGAGCUGAACUCAUCAUAAGCAGGUAGCCGGCAGUGGGAGGAGCCGAUAGUUGGCCCUCUAGAGAGAACUUCCUGUGCCACACCCCCCCUGCAAAGCCUGAGGGGGUGGAUGUCGGGUGCUGAUGUGAGGUCAGAGGUCACCCCGUCAUGGACAGAGCUGAACUUUAACUGAGGUGGAGGACUGGUUCUCCUCACGUUUUGUGUUGAAAAAGAAGUGUUUCUUUUACACCUGGAGUUUUAAGUAUGUUUUCCAUUUGUUUUGCUGUUUUCUUUUACUGUGUCAUGUCCCUAACACGCAGGACCUUUUAAAGUUUCUUUGAAGAACAAUGUUGGGGUGGUAAACCGAGAUGAAGUGAAGGAAUUGGAAAGUAACUUUGCUGCUGUGGUGCUGGUGUAGCUGGGCCGCUGGAAAGAGUGGGAUGUAGCCACUUGCCUUUGUGAACCUCCUUCAGCUUCUGCUUCUCUUCUGUUGGCUUUGGAAAGUGUUUGAAUGCACCACCGUUUGCAUGUGUUGUGGAAAUAGGACGCAGUGGUACUACAGAGAGCGCCUCUUAAGCUGUGAUUUUUGCCAGGUUUUGCUUCUUGUUCUUCAGAGUUUGCAGAGCUGGCGUGUUCAGUGGUCCGUAGAAAGUGCAGAGGGCUCAGCGCUGUCUCCUAAAGAUGGCCAGGAAGUAGAAAACGGUUGAGUUUAAAAGACCCAACCAAAACAGCAAAUCUGUUCUAAAAAACGUUCAUAAAACCUCUAUUCAUGAGAUUUUAGUUGAUAGAUUUUGUACUGUUCAUAUGUCCUUUUCUUUGUUUGUGACUUUAAAACAUGUUUUAAAGCUGGUUUAAUAAACAAGUGAUGUCAUGACAGUAUGAAUCUAUACGUGUAAAGAGAGUCCGGGUCUUUUAGUGGUCAUGUUUGUUACCAAAGAGCUGAGAAUAAUCUGGCAGUGAACACAAUCUGAGGGGGGGCUUUUCUAACAUCUGUGCGGUCCAGUCGUCGCUGAGUUUGCUGCGAAGCAUUUUAGGGCUCGAAUGAUUUCUAUAACGCUGUUAACAUUUCUGCUCAGUUUAUCUUUUUGCAGUUUUAUAUGAUUCGGUAUGUAAAUACUUAGAGAGACUUUUAAGUAACAUUUUGACUUAUUUUCAAAGACUGUACAUUUUUUAGAGCCCAGCGUUUGCUGACAGGGAGUGGUUUCCUUUUUUGUAGAUUAUUUAUUUUCACAUAGCAGGGCAAACGUUGUGGCGAUCUGAGUCGACCAGGUGGGGGUGCAGGGAGGGCCACAUUUACUACGCUGAUCCCACCAGGCUGUUCCUUCUUUUUACAGGUGCUUCAUAAUAACAAAUUAAAUGCAAUCAUGUAAAUAUUUGUGCUAAAUCCUUCAACUGCCCUUAAUCCCUAGUCAUGCAAAGCUCAUGCUGGUGCUGUCGGCAGAGUAGAUGUGGUCUCCAUGGAGUCAUAAACCAAGGUGACAGGCGUGAGACUUCCUAACCUCCGAACAGCCAUAACCCCCUCUGGUUUAAUCACCUGUGACCAAAGUGUGUCUCCGAGCUCCUGCCCGGCCAUGAUUGAGCUCUUGGGCCUCCGAGCUUUUUCUUGUGACAGGAAAACGUCUCAAUCGCAGAGAGCUUGUGAAAAGACAGGACAGAAAAAGUGCUGGGGGUUGCGGGGGGGAGCUGACGCUCAUGUGUAUGUCUGUGUAAUAAAAACAAAGUGAUAUUUAAA